AUGAAGAUGAUGUUCAUCCUUAUCAACCUCGCCGCAGCUGCCUUUGUCGUUGAGGGCACGCGCUAUCAGAGGCCCGCGAAGACGAUCCACCUCAGAACUGGUGCCUCACAUGAUCACUCGGUGCGCAUGCGCGACAAGAUCGACUUUGUGUGCCCUGAAGACGAAGACCUCGACCUGUUCAAGAUCGACAUGAGCAUUGACCCGGCGGGAAAGGACUGCCCCGACCUGGCCAAAGCCGAACUCGUGUGGCGCUGCCGAUACACUAGAACCGACGGCGACAGCCGCUACUCCAUCGAGAUCAUCCCCUUUUCGCCGAUCCCGGGCGCGCCGACCUUCAACUUCGGCGCUGAAUACCAUUACUACGCUCGUUCGAGUGGAAAGAAUACUUGCGAAGGGCAUUCAAUCCAGCUCCGCGUUCAAGAAAAGAAGCCAAAGGAGACAACAAGGACUACCACGCCAGAAGUCACUGAGCCGAAGAAGACCACAACCAGCACAACUCCAGUCGCCAAAACCCAGCGAUCUUCCCGAGCUCGCCCUCGACCGCGAAGCGAACAGCCCAAAAGACCAGUUGUUAUCGUGCCUGAAAUUUCACCACUGGUCCAGUCUGUCUCGCCCAACUCGUCUCAAUCUGCCUGUGUAAAUGCCUUUAUUUUCGGACUCGCCGUUUUACUUUUGAAUUGGUUGUAA